GUCCCCACACCCCCACCCCACAUCAUUCAAUUCAUCGUCAUCUCUCUCUCUCUCUCUCUCUCUCUCUCGGUUUAGUCGACUUAUACAGAGGCCCUGAUGGAGAAGCAGAUAGUGCUCGAUUCGCCGGUUGAUGUCGCGGUGUUAUCGGAGAACGGCAGCAAGAGCGCCGACUCGGAGCGCAAGUGCGCGACCCCACCUCCGAAACCCCCACAGUCACAAGAAAGUCGUCAAAUUUCGCCGGUCCCCGGCGAGCUGCGCAAGCCUGCCACGCCGGAUCGCCUCAAAGUCCCCAAGGCUUUCAAGUACCCCGAGAGGUAUCGAAGCCCAACUGAUCUGAUGGUGUCUCCCGUCACAAAAGGCCUCCUUGCCAGAAGCAGAAAAGGCGGCGUCGUCUUGCCUCCUAGUAAAGAUCAGCUCAAGGUUCCGGACUUGCGGGUUCAAGAUGCCGGUCUCUUUCAUUAACUCUGAAGCGAAGGAUUAUGCGACUCGGCACAUCUUUUUUGAUAUAAGAUGAGAUCGAAUAGCCCUGCACUGCUGGUGAUGCAGAGGUGGUCUUCUGGGAUCUUGGGGGAAAGCUCAACUUGUUUUUUCUUUUGACUGUAUGUACCAUUUGAUUGUAAAACUCUUUUGGUAAGACAAUUCUCAGUCACAUUAUGCAAUGUCGGGUAGAAAUUAAUGUUCUGUUGCUGCUUAA